AGCCGUCUGACGGAAAUCCGACUGUGCUCUCUAUCUCUCAUUAUUGGCACAUCUGAGCCUAUUGUGACUAUAACAAGUGGUAUCAGAGCCCCUUGGAGCUGUCUCGACCAUGCCUAGGCCUGAGGAAGGGGGUGGCAGAGGUGCUGGAGGCAGAGAAGCUGCCCAAGCACAAGGCCAACACCAAGAUCCACCCGUUGCUCCGGUGCAACCUAGACUUGGACCCUCUAGGGCGUGAACCAGCAAAGGGACCAAAGGCAUGGGCUGCUCUCAAGGGUGUACACGCUCCUGCAACAGCGGCGGUGGCUGUGGUUUUGGAGCGGCAAAUGGCGGCACUUUGAAUUGACGAAGGUGAAUCGGUGGAGGAAGGAGUGCAGAAAUUCUUCGACUUGUUGACAUGCCUCGAAGGAGCUGAUCUGAACUACAGUGACCUUCAAAAGAAGACCAAGCUGCUGGCCUUACUUCCAGACUCAUGG